UUGAACUGAAAAUAAACGUAUGAGGCAGGCCCUAAGUUUAAAGAAUGGAUGGAGAGAAAGUUAUUAAACGUUACCAGUAAAUCAUUUUGCUUACAAAUUAUAGUCUCUUUAAUGAAAACCUUCACAAAUCACAAGAUUACAUUAAAAAAAAUUAAAAAAAAUUGUACUCGCCAUUUCUUGGUCACCAAUCAAUCAGCUGAAAAGUUGAACGAUUGACUCAAUUUUGACCCUUCCACGUCAGCAUCCAAAAUCAUAAAUGGACCCCAAAUUCCAAAAAUACCUCCACGUGUUACACAAAGGACAGCUAAGCGCCAUUCACACAACGCGCAUUAUAGCACCAACAUAACCGACUCACGCUAACCUACGCCUUCUAAGUAUUACAAUCGUCAUUGCUACACCUUAAUAUACUGCGCCACUCUCUUUCACUUCCAUUUUUACAUCUUCCAAAUUUCUGAGUUUUUUUCAAAAAAAAAAAAAAAAAAAAAAAAAGAAAGAAUAUUCUUCUUCUUUAUCUACAAUUAUUUUCUGGGGUUUGUUUUUUGGUUGAAUUGAGCAAGAAUUGAAGAAAAAUGGAAGGGAAAAAGAGGAAAUUUCAAAGCAUUCAAAAAAUUUACGAUGAUGGAGGGGAAAAAGUUUACAAAUUUAAUGUCUUAUUACCUAAUGGGUCGAAUGUAACAUGGACAAAAAGAAACCCAGAAAAUGAGAGAAUUUCUGUUGAUGAUUUUGUUAAAAAAGUUUACCGUGCAAUGUUGAAGCAAGAUGAUUUAAAACCCAGAAGAAAGAUUUUGUGGGAUAGUAAAGAAUUGUAUUUGGAAGAUACUAAGGGUAACAAAUUCAGAAAUCAUAUUUCUUUUAAUGGGUUUUCGCCUAACAAAACCCAUUUUUUGAAGUUGUUUGAUGGUUCUGAUCAGACUGCUGACACCUUUGAGAAUAUGUGGGACUUGACACCAGACACAGAUUUGUUGACAGAACUUCCUGAUGACUAUACCUUUGAGACUGCCUUAGCAGACUUGAUAGAUAAUUCACUGCAGGCAGUGUGGUCAAAUGGCAAAGAUGUAAGGAAGCUUAUUAGUGUUGAAGUUAAUGAGGAUGAAGUUUCUGUAUUUGAUACUGGUCCUGGCAUGGAUGAAAGCGAUGAAAAUUCAAUAGAGAAGUGGGGCAAAAUGGGGGCUUCAGCUCACAGAUCCUUUAAAAAACUUGCAAUUGGUGGAAAACCUCCAUAUCUUAUGCCUUUCUUUGGAAUGUUUGGAUAUGGUGGAACCAUUGCAUCUAUGCAUUUAGGAAGUCGUGCUGAGGUUUCUGCAAAGACCAGAGAGUCCAAGAAGGUUUACUGGCUACGUCUUGAUAGAGAUGCUUUAUUAAAGAGAUCUGGUUCUAGUCAUAGCUGGAAGGCUGCUGGAGGAAUGCGAGAUCCGUCAGAUGGAGAGAUUGAAAUGUCACCUCAUGGAAGUUUCACUAAGAUUGUUAUGAAGCCCAAGUUGAAGCUGCCUGAUAUAUAUCAACUCCAGUGCAAGCUCAAGGAUAUUUAUUUCCCUUACAUUCAGUGUGAUGAGAUAUCAAAGGCUGGGAGGACUACAACAUUAGUGGACUUCGAGAUCAAUGGCGUCAAUUUAGCUGAAAUUGAAGGUGGCGAAGUGGCAGUGACGAAUCUGCAUUCCUGUAAUGGCUUAAACUUCGUUGUAAACCUUCACUUUUCUAUUGAAGAGGGCAAGGAUAUGUCUAAAUCUCCAAGUUCAAGUGCAGCUCGUGAAGGAAAUGCACGUCUGAAGUGUGUUUACUUUCCCAUCAUUGAGGGUAAGGAGAGUAUUGAGAAAAUUUUGGAAAAUUUGAAUGCUGAUGGUUUGGAUAUUAAAGAAGAUUAUGAAACUUAUAGCCGAAUUUCUAUAAGGCGGUUGGGCCGUCUGCUUCCUGAAGCUCGCUGGGAGCUCCUUCCCUUCAUGAAACCUAAACAGAAGAGGGGCGCUAAAGUUGAAAUUUUAAAGAGAUGCUGCAUGAGAGUUAAGUGCUUUAUUGACACAGAUGCUGGAUUCAAUCCAAUACCUUCAAAGACUGAUCUUGCUCCUCAACAUGCUUUCACCAAAGCAUUGAAAGAUCUGGGAGAUGAUACCAAGGAAAAAGCUGUAAAAGUCCAAAUCGAGAGAGAUGGGAAGCAAUUGACAUUGCAACAGCUUGUAAGAGAGUAUCAGGAUUGGAUUUUGCAAAUGCAUGGUCAGUACGAUGACGAAUGCAACUGUGGAGACGAUGAAUCUGUCUUGCUCCUGAGUCCAUCUAACAAAGAAGCACUUGGCAUCACAUCUGAUGUUGCGAGAGUCCAUCAAGCUGUUACUCGGAAGGGAAAAUCCUGGAAUAGGGGACAAAAGGUCAAAAUUUUCAAAGGUGCCUGUCCUGGUCUUUACAAGAACAAUGUGUAUGCGACAAUAGAAUACUUUUUACUCGAAGGCUUUCAAAACGAGGCAGGUGGAGAGGCGCGGGUCUUGUGCAGGCCCCUAGGUGUUAAGGAUGAAGAUGGUAGUGUGCUUACAGCUGAUGCUUCUGGCACAAACUUGGAACUUCGUAAAUCGAAAUCUCUGCCUAUCACUGUGAUAGAUUCAGGAAAGUGUGUUGCUGUAAGUGACAGUGAAUGGAAUUGCCAAUCUGACAAGCAAAAUCUCAAAAUGCCUUCGGCAAUUGAAGUUUUGGGACCAAAGCAAUGCAAAAUAUUAGAUAUUGACGGGGCAUUACCUACAGAUGCUUCAAUUUCUGCUGGAUCAUUACCUCCAAAAGAAGUUGUUGCUAUUCUGCGGCCGUCAAACUUCAGUCCAAGCUGUAAUGCUAAUGAUUUAGAUCAAAAAUACAUUUUAAGGGACAAUUAUGAGAUGUGCCUGGACAUAAAUUUUGAGGCUGAAGAUGGAAAAGGCCUUAAGUUUGAUCUAUUGACUGUUAAAAAUUCAUCUCUUAAAGGAUGUCAGGGUUUUUAUGUUUUUUCAUUAGUUUCCAUCCCAAAUUUGUUUCAAAAAGCUGGGGCGUACUCAUUCUCAUUCUCUCUUAAAAAUUGUACCACUGCAAGUUGUAAAAAAAUUGUGAGGGUCACUGCAUCACCCAAGGUCAAACGAUGGGAACUCUUGAAGGGUAAUGACCAGACAAUUGCAUUGAGAGUGAGUGCAGGCUCUUGCUUCCCACCACUCUCAUUUUGCCGAUAUGAUGAAUUUGAAAACAUUAUUCCAUUCAAGAGUAUUCCACCUAUAGAAUGUCACUUAAUGUCCAAUGAGACGGUGAUAUCCCACUUACAGAAUGUGAAGGUGGAACUAUCAUCAGAUAUGCAUAGAAUGACUGUUGUGAAUGCAAGGAUUAAAACUGAUAAGCUAGACAUUAUUCGCCCAAGUUAUGAAGCUACGUUGGCUUUGUCUCUGCCUCAUAAUAAGGGCCCCAUCCUCAGCAUUUCUUGUCAAGCUGUUCCUGGAUCUCUUCAACGUGUCCACUUUUCAUCAUCAGAAUCGGGUAAAGGUUUACUUCCCCAACAGGUGGUUGAAGAUUUCAAAUUGGAGAUGUUCGAUAGACAUCAGAAUCAUGUCGAACCAGGAACUGAAGUAGAGCUGGACGUCCAUGGGUUCUCUUUCCUGGAUAAGAUUGGUCUAAAGCGCAAGGUUGAUAAUGAUGGUUGUGUUGAUCUUAGUGGUAUCUUGAAAGUCACAGAAGGUUAUGGUAAACCAGUGUCUAUCACUGUCAAAUAUAAUGACAACAUCAUCUUUACAAAAAAGUUUCAAAUUGAGAAACGGGAGCUGAGGAUUGCGACAGAGGUACCUGAGGUUUGUCCUGCAGGCUCAAAGCUAACAGAUGUUGCUUUUGAGGUUGUAAAUGUUGAAGGUGAUGUUGAUCAAACUGUUGACGAUGAAGUCAAGCACGGAAAAUCACACACAUUAAGAUUGAUGACAGACCUGGUAAAUGACAAUUCUGUAAGAUAUGCUUUUCAGAAGGGGCGAUGCACUAUUCCAUCGAUUACUCUUCCUCAGACAGCAGGACGUUUCUGCAUUGAGGCUGCUCACUCCCUCUACCGAGAACUACGUGUGAAAUUUGAGGUUACACUCUCAAGAUCAACUCGUACAGAUUAUGAUACCACGUCUGAUCUCCAAGGUACGGAAGAGCUUGAUUGUGAUGUACCACAAUUUUCAGAUGAGAGGUUCUCAUCCCCUUCAGCUACUUAUGCUGCAAAUAAUUUGGAAAACAAGGGGCUUGAGUUUCAGAACUCAAAGGUAACUGUUCCGGUACCUAAGGAGGAGUGUGAUACAUUAUCUUCCCUCCAAACUCCGAUGAUGAAGCAGGAAAAAUCCUCACCUGUAUUAUUUUCUGAAUCAAAGUUGCAAAAGCAGCAGGCUACCCUUGCACAAAAUUUAAACAAGAAAUCUGAUUUGAAAUGUGAGCACGACAACGAUAUGUUCAAAACUCCAGAGAGGAAGAUCAUAUGUGCUGAUUCUUAUACGCCUGAGAAGGCGAUAACCUUAUCGGGAUCUGAUUUACAGCAAUUUGAGAUUGCUGAAAAAGACAUCCACGAUCAUGGGUCCUGUAUUAAAAAUAUAGAAGGCGACUUGAAAUGGGCUAUGGUGCACAAGGGUCACAUCACGGAAGAACUGAGACUUUUGCAAGCUGAAUUAGAAGUGCUGCCACUGCCAUUAUCGCAAUUAAAUUCCAUGUCUCAGAAAGAAGUGGUGCAGGAAAAAAUAGAAAGCAAGGUUGAUUCAGCAGCUGCAAUAUACAGUAUUGCUUCCCAGGACAUGAAAUUAAAAAAUCAACUCCCGGAUUUCAUGGGCGAUGUGGUUGGCCUUGUUGCCCUUCUUGCAACAGCACCUACACCUACGCAUAGUUGCUUAUUUGCUGAAUAUUUGGGGGAAGAUCAAAUGCUAGGAAUUGUCUGCCUAUCCAGUGCUGCUAUAGAAACACCUGAUGUUUACGAAACAACCAUAAAUUACCUAGCUGAAGAGUUGGGAAGAAGUUUUGAAGGUCGUCAACUAUUUAUAUGUCUUGAGGAUAUCAGGGCAUAUACCGGGGAUGUAUUAGAGAAUGAUCAUCAAAGAAGGUUGGAUUUACCAAACCCUACGUUGCCUGAUGGAUCAACUCCGCCUGGUUUCUUGGGGUAUGCUGUCAAUAUGAUUGACAUAGAUGCCGAACACAUUCAAGUCAAGACAGUGACAGGGCGUGGCCUUCGUGAGACCUUAUUUUAUCAUCUCUUUGGGGAUCUCCAAGUGUACAAGACGAAGGAGGAACUGAAGUAUGCUCUUGGCUGUAUAACAGAUGGUGCAAUCUCCCUAGAUGGAUGGAUCAUGCGCAGAAAGGGCACAGUUUCAUUAGGAUCCAUGCAUGUGGACGUGCAUUUUCCUGUCAUUGCUAAGGAGCAAGUGUCUUCAGAUAGAGAGCAGAUCUUGGAAGAUAUUACAGAAAAGAAAUCAGAACUGAAGCGGGUGACUGAAGUCAUUCCUUACAUCAUUGAAAAGCGGGAAAUCUGUUUGAGCGAAUUUGAAGGCAAAAAAGCUGGGUUCCUGAAGUUAAUUGAAGAUAAGGAAGCAACAUAUAAACUCAGAUUAUCACAGCAGUCCUUGCAAACAACUCCAACGGCGCCUGCUGCCACACAAAGUCCUUGUUAGUAGUAGUGUUUGGAACAUCAGUUUCGUAUUUGAGCGUACAUUGCAUGGUAAACUGAUUUUGGUAGGUGAAGGGGCAAAGUGCCAAGGUUUGUAUGGUUGUUUAGUCGUACAAUGAUGCCAUAUUUUGAUGGUGAUGUAUAUAUACUUUUGGUGUUAAAGACAGAAGGAACUUGUGCUAUACAAAUGAUUUUUGCCAA